UCAAUACUCUCCCUUUUCUUCUGAAAUACUUCAUUUAAAAGUUUAAUGAAACACAUGUGAAGUCUUAUUGAAUAUUUUAUGACACGUUUCUUGUUCCAAUGUAUCCACUUACAAAAACGCUGUCUAUUUCAUUUGCCCUUAAUGGGAGCGGCUGUAACUAGCUAUUUAUUUGAUUAAUGAGAGAAGUAGGUUUUUCAUUCAUAAAGAAUUAUUUGCACAUUGCCGAUAUUAUAUCAGUGACCUAAGUCGGAGUUUUAAAGACUGAUUAUCUAACUCCGGAUAAAAGGUCAGUAAAGAUUAAAGAUUAAUCCAUUUAUGUGGCAUUAAUUUUUGAGUUCCUGUUCAAAUAUUAUAUGGCAUAAAAUAAUCAUAUUUAACUCCAUAGAUCGCUGAUAUGAUUAAUUUAACUUUCGUUUAGAAAUAAUUCACGACCUCUGCACAGCGGAAAAAAGGAUAUUUGAUACUAUUUACUGUGGAAAAUAAAACUAUUAGACUUUUAAAUGUGGAAAAUAAAACUGAUGGAUAUGAUUUGAAGUGAUAUAUUCUAAACGAUAUGCCGUUACAAACUAGGCGUUCGCAGGCUUCAACCACUUUUUAUGGUCAUUCCACGGAGCCGGUCAAAACUGGAGAAUCUAAGAAUAGUAACUUUCGAGCUUCCAAUCGAAGCAACCUCCAUAGUUUUCGAGUACUUCCGUCUUAUCCGACACCUCAGCAACGAAGGGAGAUAACUUCUGAUGCAUCUGCAUCAUCUUUCCGGACCAGUUACGUAAUGCCAGACGACUCCAGCGACUCCGAGUCUGACGCUUCCACUGAGAGCAAUUUAUCACGUGCGUUUUAUCGAGAACGCACGCUCGCAAGGGGCACUUUUCGUGUUGAUGAAAGUUCUGACGAAGAGUCUGCACCAAGUGAAACAGUGACAAAUUUGACAUACUCAUCAAUACAUCUUACCCCAAGAUCCAGACAACUUCAAAGAGAGGCGUACAAAUUCAACGUGGAAGGAACGGGGGCUAUUUUGUGCAUUAUGGCUACACGCGCAGGACAGUGCUGGAUUUCUAGGUAUAAUGAUAAAAUUCUACAUCUUUACCACAGAAACGGACACAAAAAGGAAUCAAAGACUAUAAGUGAAAAAGUAAGCAUGAUGUGCUUGCGACAAGAUAGAACAUUCCUUGUAACACCGCAAUUUUCUAGGAGUAUAUUCAAAAUGGCACCUUCUGGCAAAAUGACAACAUUUUUAACAUUCGAGCUAGAAAUCGGUGGAUUUUGUAGCACCAGUAGAAAUGAAAUUCUUGUAACAACAACUCCUAUUCAAAAAUCUCAGAAGAAAGGUCCACGACCCCGUAGAACCCCAUCCGUUCUCCGUUUUGGUCAGUCUGGUGAGGCCUUAUGGGAAAUCAAAGUCAAAGGGAUAGCCACCUUUGUUAAACCAUCUAAAAUCGAGGUUAACGUCAAUGGAGAUAUUUGUGUUUUAGAUCACGAGACAUCAAAAGAACACCUUAUCAUACUUUCCCCGGAUGGAGAGGAAAAGAAACGUUAUUAUGGAAUACAAGACAAAGUGCUAGAUCAUCCUUUUGAACCAAAAGACAUAUGUUGCGACAAAGAAGGAUUUAUUUACAUUGCUGACGUGCGUAAUAAUACCGUCCACGUGCUAGACAAACAUGGAAACUUUCAUCACUUCCUGUUUACAAAGCAUGAUGGGAAUAAAUACCCGUGUGCCAUUGCAUGUGAUUCGGAGGGUUUCCUGUGGGUGGGACUAUCUUCUGGAGCUAUCCGUGUUUACAAGCUAGAUCAUAAAACAAAGUCAAAGUGAUUAGAAAUAAGAACAGAUUUGAAUAGCGUGCAGCAAAAUUAAGGAACCACGUAACUCUGUGAAAACUAUUUGUCCAAAUAGAGCCUAAGCAAAAGAGUUACAUCUUGCAUUAUGUUUAAAUCUGAGAUGGAUUUCGAUGUUCACAUCAAAUGAUUUCCUAUUUUUAUUUUAUGCAUUACUUGAAGAACGGCCACAGCAAUAUUUCGUUGAUUUCAAGCAUUUAAAGGACGUGACGUGACCAUCAAACAAACUUUAUUCACAUGCUGAAUUCAUCUAUAUAUUAUUCAAACACGACUCGAAAAAGAAGUCUGGAACUGUGUGUUAUAUGCAACAGCAUCACAUUUUGUGCGUCACAUUUAUUACGUCAUUGUGGAGACUUGAAAAAAGAAAAAAACAUAAAAUAGGCAAAUAUUUGAUGGAUGUCGUAAGAAGAUGUAGAUAAUUAUGCUUGAUAUCAUGUUAGAAGCAAAAUAAUAUAUCGCAAAUAGGUCAUUUUUCCUUGGGAUAAAAUCGUUGUUUGCCGUAUUAUUACAUUACUUGGACUGCACCCUCGUGAUAUAAUUCCUCUGAUUCUGAACUCCAAACAAUGUUUUUAUUCAAAGACAAAAUCACUGUUUGUUAAAUUAACAGACUUUUUAGAAUAAGUGCCUAUAACAAGUCUUAUGACGUAAAUCAUGUGUCAAGUUCAGUUUAUCGAAUCGUCCACUACCACGAGUUCUUGACACGUGGAAACAAAUUUUAAUUCAAUUUGACCUAAACCUCGUAAGAGAGCCACUUCUAGAUAUGUUAAAAGGCAAAAAUAUUUAUAGAGAAAUAGAGAACUACUUUGCUUUAGAAGUCAGACAUGUAACUGUGCU